AUGGUUCAUUUUGAUCGAAAAAUAUUAAUUGUCUAUCGAGGCAUGAAAAUGGCAAAGGAUCAAAUCGAGAAAUUCAAAGAGAACGAAGGUAAAUUAGUUUCAAUCUCUGGAUUUUUCACAGCGAAUACUUUUCGUUCAACUGCAUUGAAUCAAGCGAUGAAACCUUCGAAACAAACUGGUCUCAGUUCUGUUCUUCUAAAAAUUCAAUGCGAUUUACAACAUCUAAACAACGGUGUUGUUGUUACUAAUUCAUGUGAAGAACAACAAGAAAUUCUCUUCAAUUCCACUGUCACUUAUCGAUUGAAAAAUGUGAGAAUGGAAGACGAAAUUUACUUUGUCGAAAUGAGUGCAUCGAAUGAUGGUCAAAUUAUCAAAGAAAAAUAUAUCAACGACUCACGUCGUCAAAUAGAAGAUCUCAGUAUCAAAAUUCUCUUUGGACGUUUGAUGUGUGACAUAGGUCAAUGGAAUCAAUCACAACAUUUCUUUGAAAUUUUAUUGAACAAUUGGAAUAACAACAACGAAGAUCUUGCAAAGAUUGAACGUAGUCUUGGUGAAGUUCUUCAAUGGAAAGGAGAAUGGAAUGAAGCAAGAAAAUGUUAUGAUCGAGCUUAUGAUCGAAUCAUGAAUGCCAAACCAAUACGGAUCAAGGAGUUAGCUGAUAUACUAUUCGAUAUUGGUGAAAUUCUCUAUCUAGAAGGAAAGUACGAAGAAGCUCAAAAUUAUUAUAGAAAAGCAGAACCUUUAAACAAUGUUCUCGAUGGUACUGUGUUACUCGAUUUCGACGAAUUUCUCGAUGGUACUGUAUUACGAAGUUCCGACGAAUUUCCUAUCGAUUUUCAUCGAAAUAUACGACAAACAAAAUAG